AUGUCGCCUCACCACCAGCCCUUCGACCCCGAGAGCCAGCUUGGCGUCCCCGAAAAUGCCCUUACGAAUAGCGACUCGAAACAAGAGGUAGUCGCGUCAUCGACGCCUUCGACCGCCCCUGAACCGACCACAGAUGCUGUCAUGGACGCAGAGGAUGAAAAAGGCGCCCAACAUGGAGAACCCGCCGAAGAAGAGACCGACUUGAUGUCUUCGGUUGCUACCCUGAAGCCCACCAUCUCGCCAACCACAACUACUGCCACGAAUUACCUUACGAUUGAAUCUCGGACGUACAUCGACCCCACACCACCCACACCCGCGGUCUCGCAACCGCCUUCUCGAAGCCCGUCCACUGCUCCUCCGCGAUCGAGACGUGGCUCCGGGUCCGACGACGUAUCACCCACUAGGUCGGACGCCGCAUACGAUGACAAGAAAUAUGCAAGUGAGGACGAGCGUGAGAGCGGGUCCAGGUCCGAACUGCAGAGCAUUAUGGAACAGUUCAGCGAAGGAGGUGGAGGCCCCGGCGCAGAGGAAGUCAUGAGCCCCAGGUUAGAGAUGGCCUCGCCUCUGCUGGCCAGUCCCGCACAAUAUCCGCCCCGCAAAUCGAGCCUCGAACCACUUGCCCCCUCCAUGGUCCAACAACUCGAAGGCUUGAGCUUGUCAAGCACAUCUCCUGUGACGACGCCUCUGAAGGAAAAGGGCAGGGAAGAGCUGGCUCCCCCAGUCCCUCCAAAAGACGACCCGUUCCAUUCCGGCAGCAGUUCAUCACAGGCUCAAAAACGCCAUAGCGUUCAGAGCCUUGAUUUGCCAAUGUCUCCCACGACCUCGCUUCAUCGCCCUCCUCCUCCCGACCCAGAGCCAGAGCCACCGUUACCAUUCGAUUUCCAUCGCUUCGUCGAACAGCUCCGAAACAAGAAGGCCGAUCCCGUUGCAAGAUACCUAAAGUCUUUCCUUUUCGAAUUCGGCAAGAGGCAAUGGAUGGUCCAUGAGCAGGUCAAGAUCAUCAGCGACUUCCUCGCAUUCAUUUCAAACAAGAUGGCACAGUGUGAGUUAUGGAGGAGCGUGUCAGAUGCCGAGUUCGAUAAUGCGAGGGAAGGAAUGGAGAAGCUUGUCAUGAAUCGGCUUUAUACCCAAACUUUCUCUCCCGCAAUACCCCCACCACAACCCAUUCCUGGCGCCAAAAACAAAGGGCGGCGUGGGGAACGACCGAUGGGACCAGGACGGCGUGGACAGCACCAGGAAGAUGUUGAACGGGACGAGGUUCUUUCCCAGAAGAUCAACAUUUACCACUGGGUAAGAGAGGAACAUCUUGAUAUUCCUCCGGUUAGUGAAAGCGGGAAACGGUUUCUCAAGCUGGCACAACAAGAGCUCCUGAAGAUCAAGUCGUACCGCGCACCGCGAGACAAGAUAAUAUGUGUCUUGAACUGCUGCAAGGUCAUAUUUGGUCUCCUUAAGCACUCAAAAUCCGACGGGUCGGCGGACUCGUUCAUGCCGAUGCUCAUCUAUGUUGUGCUCCAGGCCAAUCCGGAGCACUUGGUGUCUAACGUCCAAUACAUCCUCAGAUUCCGCAACCAAGACAAGCUUGGCGGGGAAGCCGGCUACUACCUCUCCUCCCUAAUGGGAGCUAUUCAGUUCAUUGAGAACAUGGACCGAACAACACUCACCAUUACGGAUGAGGAGUUUGAGAAGAACGUAGAGGCGGCAGUGUCUGCCAUUGCGGAAAAGCAUAGGGCUGAGUCACCUCCACCGCCAGUGGAGUCUGAGAAGUCAACUGCCGUGCCAACGCUAAGUGCUGGAGAGUCGUCACAAGUCCGCGCCUCACUUGAUGUUGGCGGUCCUGCAACACCGCGCCGGUCUAGCUCUUCCAAUGAGGCACGAGAAAGCAGUGAAUAUGGUGAGAAUGAGGAAAAGGCGGCUAUAGCAGGACUGCUGCGCACGAUCCAGAAACCUUUGAGCACUAUCGGCCGAAUCUUCUCCGACGAAGGGGCAUCUUCGUCAGCAGACCAAGACGUUCCUAGCCCGGCACACACUCCUCUACCAGAGCACGAAGCUCGUCGUCAGAGGUUAUCAGCAGAAGAGGCAGCCGCAAGGCAAGCUAGCGCGGAAGCAGCCGAGGCACAACGACUGUUCCGCGCGGAACAUGCCAAUGUAGUCGAAACACUUGCAGGUAUGUUUCCGGAUCUCGAUCGUGACAUCAUCAGCGACGUGGUUUAUCAGAAGGAGGGAAGAGUUGGCUUGGCCGUCGACGCUUGUCUCGCUCUUUCAUCAUAA